GCCUUCUUCAUUCAAAAGGGAGUCAAAAUCCACGCGCUCGAAAAUCCAACAAUCCUCUGAAUCUCUCGUCUGACGAUCCUCUCUUCCUUUUCGAUCCUAUAUAUUUAUUAUCAAUCGCUGUCCGAAAACAUCAAACACCCUUUUCUCUUGCAGAUAUAAACCCUAAUUCACUCUCAGAAUUUUCGCCACUCCUGGAAUGGUUACCUUCACAAAACCCUAAAUCCAUCGCCAAAAGUAUUCUAUCGUGAGCUUCUCGGCCUCUUAUCUCUGCGUUCUUGUCGUCCUUUUGUAUGUACAAUGAGUAGCACUUGUAAAAGGUUCGAUGUUUUCGAUUUCAAAGAAGAGGAUGAGCUUCCCUCAGAAAUCUCCGAUAGGUUUCAUUUCAAAUCCAAAGACCCUGUUGCUCUCGACAAGUAUGCUUUCCUCGAAAAAGUUGCCUGUGGAGCUAACAUUAAGUCAAAAGUAGUUGGUGAUGUACCAUGUAUGGAUGUUGAUGUAAUGGAGAAUGAUCAAGAUUGUCGUGAUGCUGUUUCGUGUAUCCCUCUGGAAGCAGGAGAGGAAUGUGCUACCAAAGGAAUGCCUGUGUUGGAUGAUGAUCUGCAAUUUAAUUCCACAAGCCAUGAAGGACACCCUCAUAUCAUUCCACACAAACUCAAAGAUAUAAGUGUCUUUGCUCCGUUGGAGACAAGAGCUUCAAGCCCUGGAACAGCUCUACCUGGCAACGACCAAUUAGAUUGUUCCCUUCUGGAGUCCCCAUCCAGUGAUGUGUCAGUUGAUGCAGUUUCUGAUGCUGGGGAAAGUUUGAAUGAGAGUUCUCCAUCAACUUCUUCUGAUAUUUCAGAAAAUGGUGUUUCGUUGGUUGGACUGCCAUCGGAUCCUUAUUUUGGUGUUUGUAAAACGGGGAACAGAAAUAUGACAGUUGCUGUUUGUCCCGAUUAUGUUGUAUAUCGUGAUGGAUAUUACACAGAGUCUGUGUUAACUUUUUCCAGCAGUUGCAUCAAUAUGAUGGGUUUGCCUUCCUAUGGAAAUUAUGAAACAUUUACCUUUCAGUGGGGAUUAAAUGAUAUCCUUGGUAUUAAAUCUCAAUUUUUUGAAAGGCUUGAGAUAGCUAUGGUAAAGAUUCAUGUAAUGUCAAAAGAUGCCGUGCAAGCUGACAGUGUACAUGGAACUUCAGGCAUUGAGGAGUUGAAGCUCGCCAUUGUUGACCGUGACUGGUACAAGAAACAGGCUGAGAUCAGAUCUUUGGAUGUGAAGUACAAGGCUAUGUGGGAUGUUGUGUUUGAUAUUAAUGCGGGAAAAGAUGAAGAUGCUUUACCUGGACAGAACGGCGUGCACUAUCCAAAAAGCUAUUUUCCCAAUUUUGAUGAUUCUUUUGAAGAGGUUAUCUAUCCUAAGGGCGAUGCAGAUGCUGUUUCCAUCAGUAAGAGAGAUGUUGACCUACUACAACCCGACACAUUUGUAAAUGAUACAAUUAUUGAUUUCUACAUCAAAUAUUUGAAGAAUAACAUCAAACCUGAGGAGAGGCAGAGAUUCCACUUUUUUAACAGCUUCUUCUUUCGGAAGCUGAUUGACCUUGACAAAGAUCCAUCUAGUGCUUUUGAAAGCAGGGCUGCUUUUCAGCGUGUUCGUAAAUGGACGAGAAAAGUGAAUUUAUUUGAAAAGGAUUAUAUAUUUAUUCCGGUUAACUUUAAUUACCACUGGAGUUUAAUAGUAGUAUGCCAUCCUGGUGAAGUGGCUGAGUUGAAAGAUGAAGAUGUGGAGAAAUCUCUUAAAGUGCCUUGCAUAUUGCACAUGGAUUCCAUCAAAGGAAGUCAUACUGGCCUCAAAGAUCUGGUUCAAAGUUAUCUAUGGGAGGAAUGGAAAGAAAGGCAAAAGGAAACACGUGAAGACUCCUCCCCUAAAUUUUCUAAUUUGAGAUUUGUCCCACUGGAGCUACCGCAGCAGCAAAAUUCAUUUGAUUGUGGUCUCUUCUUGCUCCACUAUGUGGAACUCUUUUUGGAGGAAGCUCCUGCCAACUUCAGUCCAUUCAAAAUAACAAAGUUCUCCAACUUUCUUAAUGUUGAUUGGUUUCCACCUGCUGAGGCUUCUCUGAAGCGAGUUCUUAUCCAGAGAUUGAUAUAUGAACUUCUGGAAGGUCAUUCUCAGGAUAUUUCUCUGGCUAAUUGCGGUGAGAAGUAUUGUAGUUCUGACUAUCCCAAAAGUAAUACCGAGAACGAAACUGGAGUGGAGUUUCUCUCGGAGAGAUGCAGUCCUUCAAAGAGUUCUCAGGACAAGUUAAUAGCUUCUUGUGCUAGUCAGGGGAUUGAAAUGACCCUGUUACCAACAUCCUUUAUGAGGAAUAAUGAGUGUGAUAAUGAUUCGGGCUUGGUUGUACGGGAGUUUUUCGAUCCAGAAGCUACUGCAGGAUCAUUUCUUGAUGGACAAUAUCAAGCUUUUGACCGGGCAGCAUCUUUCAACUUUAAGAGUGCUUUGUCACCAAUUGAGGAAAAUGUAGAAGCUAGUGAACAUUUUGUCUAUACACCGUCAGCUGAAAUUGGUUUUCAGCGGUUAUCUGGGAUCACACCUGAAAGUUGUGCCUUUCCUUAUUCAUCUAGAGGUUUUGGUGCAGAGACUUCCUGGAACCCAGGAAUGUCUGGUCCCCAAGCAGGGCAUGAGGACAUUGACUCAUCCCCGGAAACAUCAAUUUGUGCCUCCGACAAUUCAUUAGAAGUAGAGGUCAAGGAAAACAGCCCGGUUAGGGAAGAUCUCAAUGGAAAAGAGAGAACAUAUCAACCAAGAUCUCCCUCAACAGGAAAUAUAGACUGCUUGACAGAUGGCUUUGUCUCUGCUUCUAGUGAGAUGCUGGAUGUUGCAGAUUCUCAAUACAGUGAUGACAUGCUUGAUAGGAACGGUAAUGCUGAUCCUCUUACCUCUAGCCCCAAUAGUCCACUUGGAUUGUCUCAUGAAGACUGUAACAUACUAGAAAAUGGGGUUGCUGCAUCCGAUAGUGCGAGGUUGAUUGGUGAUGGUUCAGAAUCAGAUGUGCAGCCGGAUGCAAAAAGGUUGGUUGAUGAUGCUUCAGAAUCAGAUGUGCAGCAUGAUGCAAAAAGGUUGAUUGGUGAUGGUUCGGAAUCAGAUGUGCAGCAGGAUGCAAAAAGGGUGGUUGAUGAUGGUUCAGAAUCAGAUGUGCAGCAUGAUGCAAAAAGGUUGAUUGAUGAUGGUCCAGAAUCAGAUGUGCAACAGGCUGCAAAAAGGCUGCGGCUCACGUUUUCCCUUGAAGAGGAUAGAGAGCUAGCAGGGAAUAUGUCAAAAGGAUCUAAAUUUGUAAAUCAGGUCUAGUUUUUCGUUUGUCUCUAAUUGGAUCUCACUAGGAUAUUGCCAUGCUGUGUAUAGUGUUAUGGCUCUAUAUUAGCAAUGUGCCGCUGGUCUGAACGGAAUUUGAAUGUGAACUUUCUGUGUUUGGGUUGGACAGUGAUGAUGUAGAUCGCUUUAAUUUCAUAUUAUUUUUACUGUAUCUAUUCAAAGGCACUAUGUGAAGCAAAAUCAUUGGCAGAGACAACAGUUUACAACUGAAAUUCCCAUUCUGAAGUGUUGUUAUUUCUGUGCAACAA